CCACUGUUUGGUCGUGGUGGUGGUGGCUGCAGCGGAGACGGCGUUUGCUGGCUGGGCUUUCGCGUGGGCUGCUCUGCUACUGCUGCUGCUACUGCUGCUUUUGUUAUUGCUGCUGCCCCUACGCAAGGCAAUGCGCUCGAUAUCCCCGCGAGCGAGACGCAGUAUCAGAGGCAGCGGACAUCACAGCGCUUCGCAGUCCACCUGCUAACACCACCAUCAUCAUCAUCAUCGCCGCAGCCGCCGCCGCAGCCGCCGUCACCCGGUUCCUCCGGCCCGAGAUCAACUCGGCGCAACAGCGGGGCGAGGCGUCGCCACUUCUUGGCGAUUUUUGUCACGAUCAACUUUUUUUCCGCGUCGACUUGAAAUUCAAUUCCGUGCUCGCAGCUGAAAGCGCGAGGCACCCGUCCACCCUGCACGCUGCGCCCGGCGCGUGCAACGCAAGUUUGCGUCUCAUCCUCCAGCAGCGGAGCCCCUAAAUCAACGGGCGACCGACCAACAUCCAUCGUGGGUGACCCGCUCGCGGACGGCGCGUUCACCACGGCAAGCAAACAAGAUCCGAGGGAUACUCCGAGAUCGAAUUGACAGAUCGUCGCUCGCUCGCCGCCGCCGUCAUCCCAGUCGCUCCGAGUUGCGUUGUCCCCCUUCUUCCCGCGGGAGGAGAGAUGGUGGGCAGGCGCGGGGGGUGUUGGUGAUGCCCCCUUGCAGAUCAUGGUGACAGGGUCCCACAGCUCACACAGCCUCGAGAAUAAUAAUAAUCCCGUUACGUCGACAUGCCUCCCAUGUCUCCGUGGACCAUGCUGCCACGGCAGCUGCCCUCCACUUCCUCGACGCCGCCGCCGCCUCUGCUGCGGCUGCUGCUGCUGCCCCUUGCCGUAAUGUGUCUGGCUCUGGGGGCAGCCGAGUGCGAGCUGUACGGGGCAGUGUCGAUCCACAAAAUCAUCGUCGGGGGCAAGCACCGCGGGCCGCUCACCGCGGCUCAUUCGCCCUCCUCCCUGCGCUCUCGUGGGUUGAGCUACGUGUUUGGUGCCGGCGGGGGCAUGGUGACGUACUCGUGGCCGAGCAACGGGAGGCCGAGCACACGUGCCGAUCGGCUCACGCUGGGGUUCAGCACCCUGGCACCCAGCGCCGCCAUCCUGCGCGUCGACAGCCAGGACGGUCUGGGCGACUUCCUGGAGCUGUACAUCGAGGACGGGCGGAUCGCUGUGAUCUUCAACGUGGGCACGGGCGACGUGGUGCUGCGGGAAGAGCGCGCGCCGGUCAACGACGGGCGCUACCACUUGGUGAAGUUCAUGCGCAGCGGCGCCAACGCCACCCUGCAGCUCGACCACUACACGCCCAACGAGCACUACCCGUCGCUGCGGCAGCUGACCAUUUUCAACAGCCAAGCGUGGAUCCGAAUCGGAGGACGUGACCGACCCCAUCCGUUCCAAGGCCUCCUCUCUGGCCUUUACUACAAUGGCCUCAAGGUUCUGAACUUGGCGGCCGCGAGCGACGCGCACACGCGGACCGAGGGCGCCCUGCGGGUGGUCCGCGGGAUGUCGCCCCACCUGGCGACGCUGAUCGCAACGGCGACCGCCACAGCGACCGCUGAGCCCACCGGGCCCGCCGCCGCCGCCGCCGGCCCGCGCACCUCCACCGCGACGCUCGUGGAGACCACCACCACGAUAACCGUGACCACGACGACGGAGCAAGGAAGGAAGGCCGCCGCCGCAGAGGAGGAGGAGGAUGAGGAGGAAGAGGAUGAGGAGGGAGAAGCAGAAUUGGCACCGUCUGGACCCCACGUCCCAGUCAGACCGCCAGCUCAGCAGGACACGCUCAUGGUGAUCACAGACGACGUGGUGGUCUCUUCAGCCGAGUGUCCCUCUGACGACGAGGACCUUGAAGAGUGUCAGCCCAGCUCAGGCAAGACGAUGUCCCUGGCCACGUACGAGGGGAGCUACAGGACCCACGUUCCUCGAUGGGACGGCGGCGGUCGACGAGGAGGCGGCGGCGGCGAUGCGGGAGGAGGAGGAGGUGGAGGAGGUCGGGGCGGCGGUGACGGAGAUCCCCAGCGGUCGACUGGCGCCCCUGUCGGGUCGACUGCGGGCCACGGCGCGCCCACGCUGACGCCCGUGGCGCUGCGGCCGCACGUGGGCAACAUGAAUACGCACGAGGUGAAACAGCCGCACGAGGCCAAGCACCCGCAGCAGCAGCAGCCGCCGCACGGCGCGGCGGAAGACGGCGAAGAGGGCCGCGGCUACGGCGAGUUGAACGCCACCUUCCCGACGGUGCGGCGUGCGGGCGUCGAGGCCGAGGACCCCAUGGGAAUUCCGGGCGUCGCCGAGGCCGUGCCAGAGUCGGGCAGCACCACGGGGAUGGUGGCCGGCAUCGUGGCCGCCGCCGCCCUGUGCAUCCUCAUCUUGCUCUACGCCAUGUACAAGUACCAGAGCCGCGACGGCACGCCCGGCGGCACGGCCAGCGGCGGCGGGUCUCGCGACGGCGCCGCAACGGCCACCGCCGGCGGCGGCUCCCCGGCUAAGGGAGCCAAGACGUCGCCCGCAAACACUGGCGCUAGCAGCCCGUGCGGCAAGGACAAGGAGUAUUUUGUCUGAGGAUGAAAGCCCGCCUUCCCGUCACUCCUGCUCCUACUACUACCUUCUUCUUCUUCCUCCUCCACUGCCCUCCCUUCCCACCAUCGGCUCGCUGUGGAAUAUCCAGGGAAUGUUAGGAAGAGUGGGAGGGAGGGAGGGCAGUUGUGCGCACUAGCAGGGGGUGCCACGCAUUGCCCCCCUCCCGCCUCCCCUCCCUCCCCCCACCACUCCACUCCCACCGAAACUGUCCGUGGUGCUGGAGAUGGACCUGACGUUGGCGGUGGUGUGCGGGACGCUGAGCGAAGUGGCGGCUGGGUGACACGGGGCCGGAGAUGGGUCAAGAGGUUAAACCAGGCGUGUGAGCGCGACGGGGGGGUAGGGAAGCUGUCACCUAUCGAGGGAUUAUUAAAAUGGCACGAAAGCGGUGAAGGGAGCGGGAGUGCGAUCGAUGUUGUCUGGGAGGUGGAGCUGGGGGGAGAUGAUACAAAAGGGGGAGGUGGGGCAUGGACACAUGCGGGCGACGUGUGCGGCUUUGUCUGAUGGACCGAGUUGGGCGUGAACAUUUUGAACGACGACAAACUUUGUGGGGCCCGAUUUGUGCGACGGCAUGAAGGGCGGCAGGGCACCGGGAAAUACCAAAGCGUCAGGUGUCGCCGCAGACGUCAAAAGCCUGAACCCUGUUCUCUCAUCCUUAACCGCCGGAUGAAGAAUUAGAGGCUGGUUCUUUAUCGCCGUCGCUGUUGUUUGCUGCUGCUGCUGCUGUUGUUGUUAUACGCCGCCACUAAUAAUACGCGCUGCAAGCACCCAAUAACUUGAGCCGGGAUUUUCUUUCUUUUUCUCUCUCUGGGGUGGUGGAUGGGUGUCGGCCGGGAGGAAUUGGCAUCUUUUUUUAAUUGUUGUUGUUUUUUGUUGUUAUUGCGCCUAACGGCACAAUCUCAAGAAACACAAAGUGCUACCAUUUAUUUAUUUUCCCACCAUAUUUGUCUCGGCGUGUUUCUCGACGAGCUGCGCCAUGAGUGCUUCUGCCCCCUUCUUACGCAAACCACCAAAUCGGCGUGGUUCAUGCAGGGCAAUUUGGGUUUUUUUUUAUUUUGCACGGAUGAAAUCGUCUUGCUCUGCCGUUCUCACCUCCCAAAGCCGAACACGGUGUAUUAUUCAACGUCAUUCAUCGUCCGGCCUAUCUCCCCCCACGUCCCUUUCUUUGGCAAUGCACUAGCAAGGCCGUAGGUGGCGAUAUGUUGACUACCUCGCCUGGUAUGCAGGUGGUCGUGGGUUCGACUUCGACCCUGCUGUAUUUAUUUGGAGUUUGCAUGGUCUCUCUCUCUCUCUCCCUGUGGUUGCGUGGAUUUUUCUCCAGGUCCACCGGUUGUUCCCUCCACACAUUUCGUAUCGACAUCACGCGUUUCGAGUGUUUCGCUGCGAUCAAAUUUCCACACGGACGAUGACGACGAGCCACUUCGUUGAGCUAUCACUUGUGGCCAGGUCGCUUCUGAAAAAGAGCCACGUCGCUUAGUGGGCCUUUACCUGGUAAAAUAAAAUAAAAAAUAUUUAUAGUUUAGUUUUAAGUGGUAGAGAUACAGAGGGCGAGCUUGCGCGUGCCCGUACCUGAGCAGGUGUGUGCGUGAUUCGCAUACCAGACCGCUACCCGGUGUUGCGAUUGUGCGCGGGUAAACCACAUGUGCUUUUUGCUCACACGGCUCCGAUUAGCACGGUUGGCUACGUACGGCGCAAAAGAAGAUCAACAUACACACACAAACAUACGGCUGGUGUGUGUUGCGUACACACAUCCCAUUGGGCCCCCCACUCCCUCAUCAGAAAUUAUGUUUUAACCCUCCCCCCUUUCAAUUAGUAAAUCCCCGAGUGAGGCAGAAGAGAUCAUGUACAGACAAGAGACAGAGACGUAGAGAGAUGAGAGAGACGCAGACAAGGCAGAGAUGUAGAGAGAUGAGAGAGACGCAGACAAGGCAGAGAUGUAGAGAGAUUAGAGAGAUGCAUACAAGGCAGAGAUGUAGUGAGAUGAGAGAUAGAGACAAGGCGGAGAUGUAGAGAAAUGAGAGAGAUGCAGACAGGCAGAGAUGUAGUGAGAUGAGAGAGAUGCAGACAAGGCAGAGAUGUAGUGAGAUGAGAGAUGUAGACAAGGCAGAGAUGUAGUGAGAUGAGAGACGCAGACAAGGCAGAGAUGUAGAGAGAUGAGAGAGACACAGACAAGGCAGAGAUGUAGAGAGAUGAGAGAGAUGCAGACAAGGCAGAGAUGUAGUGAGAUGAGAGAUGCAGACAAGGCAGAGAUGUAGUGAGAUGAAAGAGAUAGAAACAAAACAGAGAUGUAGUGAGAUGAGAGAGAGAUGCAGACAAGGCAGAGAUGUAGUGAGAUGACAGAGAUAAUAACAAGAUUGAGAUGUAGAGAGACGAGAGAGACGCAGAGAAGACAGAGAUGCAGUGAGAUGAGAGAGAUGCAGACAAAGCAGAGAUGUAGUGAGAUAAGAGAGACGCAGACAAGACGGAGAUGUAGUGAGAUGAGAGAUGCAGACAAGGCAGAGACGUAGUGAGAUGAGAGAGAGGCAGACAAGGCAGAGAUGUAGUGAGAUGAGAGAGAGGCAGACAAGGCAGAGAUGUAGAGAGAUGAGAGAGACGCAGACAAGGCAGAGAUGUAGUGAGAUGAGAGAUGCAGACAAGGCAGAGAUGUAGUGAGAUGAGAGAGAUAGAAACAAAACAAAGAUGUAGUGAGAUGAGAGAGAGAUGCAGACAAGGCAGAGAUGUAGUGAGAUGACAUAUAGUAACAAGAUAGAGAUGUAGAGAGACGAGAGAGACGCAGAGAAGACAGAGAUGUAGAGAGAUGAGAGAGAUGCAGACAAAGCAGAGAUGUAGUGAGAUGAGAGAGACGCAGACAAGACGGAGAUGUAGUGAGAUGAGAGAGAUGCAAACAAGGCAGAGAUGUAGUGAGAUGACAGAGAUAGUAACAAGAUAGAUAUGUAGAGAAACGAGAGAGACGCAGAGAAGACAGAGAUGCAGUGAGAUGAGAGAGAUGCAGACAAGGCAGAGAUGUAGUGAGAUGUGAGAGACGCAGAUAAGGCAGAGAUGUAGUGAGAUGAGAGAGACGCAGACAAGGCAGAGAUGUAGUGAGAUGAAUGACGCUACAGACAAGAUUGAGAUGAGAUUGAUUAAUUAGAUGUCGUGUUGGUUGGAUUUUGUAUGCAAGUGGAUGUGAAUUCGGUGCUGAUAUUUGGCGAACGCCUGGGGGCUUUAUUUGGUCUUCUCCUGAAUCUGGGUUCUACCCUGAGCCUCUUGGGGGCCCCGCGCUUUUUGCUUGCGGUUUUUUUUCUCUCCAGCAAUAGCGCCCGCCAUCGACUGCGAGGUUUUGCGCGUAUGACCCUUUGACCCCGUCCUCUGGAAGACUUGAGCUGUCGAGGGGAUGCAAACACAAAUUGCCACGCGCUUGCCGGUGGGCACUGAUUGAUUACCUCAUCAGACAACUUCGCAUUGCGGCAAACAGCACUCCUGCCAAUUUAGGCAAUCCCACCGAGCCAGUCAAAUCGCUCCUGCAAGGCCUCGGCCAUAGAUCAAAAUAAAUUUUGCACGAAAAAAAAAGUAAAAUAAUAAUAACGCGCGCGUGUGUGUGCGCGUGUGUGUGUGCGCGUGUCUGUGUGGAGGUGGGGAGCGGUGGUGUAGCGGUUAGCACCACGCUGCGCUACGAACCCGGCAAACCCGGGGUCGAUUUCCGCUCACGGCCUACGCCGGUGACGAUUAUCUGAACCGGUCCUGGGCCUCCCCUUAGGUCGACUCAACCUCGAAUGAGUAAGCAUCGCCACUGGGGAGACAAAGGCGGCCGGGCGUGGUGCUGGCCACCCACCUCCUCGUGUGCAGUGCCGACCUUCAUAAGUGCUCGCUAACAGCACUUGCCCCAACAGUCAGUUACAGGCUAUACGGGGGAUCUUUUUCUUUGUGUGUGUGGCUAUUUUCAGAUGUGCGACACAAUCCUUGACAGUAAUUCCGAACAUUCUGGAGCACACUAUUUAGGUCAUCUUUUCAUUAUUUUUGCAACAAAAUACAAUUUUUUUAAUCCUCAAUUCUACGCAGCAGACUGCGCUCUCCGUCGUCACAAGACAAAGUCUUAUCGCCUUUGGAUAUUUAGCGUAGUCAAGACCCUUUCUUCGUGUUUGGAGGUCAAUCCCAAGGAAGUGGCAUAUCAAAGGGAAAUUUCUGAGAUUUGUUUUUGAUAGUUUAACACGUCGUUCUUUCGCGACCGAUAGCAUCCAUAGCAUCGUUUUUUUUCUGGGCUUAGAUCGUGUAAAUAUAUCAACGUGUCAUUAAACCCUCCACCACCCGACGGCCAAUCAGUAAUGUUUGUCACGUGAACAGAACGUGGCCAAUUCGUUACUAGUGCAGCAACACCGGUGUGUUGGAAAGCAAAGCCACAACAUUUACAUUCGGAGUACGACGUUUCGCCGGUAAUUACAAUUAACAUCAUCAGGCGACAGCCAGAUUUUUAAUGUUGUGGCUUUGCUCUCCAGCACACAAUCGAUGUGCUUUCCUGGUAACGAAUUGACAUGUUCUGUUCACGUGACAAACCUGUAUUGUUUCGUUGUCAAUGUUCUGAAAAGCGUCGCUGAGGCUUGUGGCAAUUUCUUUAUCUUUCUUCAGGAGUUUUCAAAGUUGUGUGGCAAUGAUUGCUUCUUACAGGGUGGCCCAAGAGUGAGAACACGAAUGGUUGUUUCAUUUAUUUUAACACUGGCAUUAAAGCAUUUGAAUUGUUAUGUUUUAACACGAAAUAGGCUUUCGCGACCAAAUAAUUCAUAAUAGAGGUGUUUUAGGUGAUAUCGCGUUACUAUAAAUGUGUCGUUAAACCCGACACUGCUUAUCGCUUGCUUAGAGUGUGCUUACAGCUCAUAAUAGUGGCGGGUUUAAUGGCACAUUAUCUUUUUACGAGAUGUAGCGCAACAAAAAACCUCGACCAUGUUAAUAUUUUAAGUUAAUAUUGAACCUUUAUCGUUAUUAAUAUCACGGGGUUUUUUUCUUACAUUUUCAGAUAAAAAAAAUUUAAAUGGAAAGAAAAUUGACCAAAGACGAACGAGUUCAAUUAGUUUCUACGUGUGCUAAAGAAGGAAGCUGUAAUAUAUUUAUUUUUUAAGUGUUAAAUUAAUUUCAAAAGGGAACUCAUGCGUGCAUUCGUGUUAAUGGAAGCCAGUUUUUGAACGGUUGUUAAAUUAAAUGAAAUAACCCUAUUUGAUUUGUUAAAAUAAAUAUAACCGUGUGUGUUCUGACUCUUUGGGCCAUCAUGUAAAUUGCAAUACCUUCCAAUUGACCUCUGCGGCACACAACACUCAGAAGGGGGCAUCACUUUCCCACUCGCCUCUGCACGUGACAGUGAGAUUUGUCACGUGACGGCCAAACCGAUCAUUUCAUUCGCAGAGCUGGAAUUUAGCCAAAAUUAAGUGCAGAACCAAUUUGAACGCGAUUGCUUUUUUUUUAAUUCGCUGUGCAGUCAUUGUUGUACCAAUAGCCCCAAGCAACGAAAACACAGAUGUGACACAUCCGUGACAGCUUUACUGACAUUCGGGGAUGACAUUCGGGGAUGAAUCACGGUAGCCAGCCGCGUACCUCCGAUUAACACGGUUGGCUACGUACGGCGCGAAAGAAGUUAAAUGGACACACGUACAACUUUCACCAGCUGCUAACUCCCAAACAAAAGGAUGAUCAUAAAGAGCACGUCCAAUUAAUCAACGCCACAUUCAUUGACCUAAUGUCCCAGCACUAUACUGAUUGUAGAUUCCGCCUGGAGCUUCGUUUGUGUAUUCAAACGUCGUACAUUGAAUCACCUAUAACGUUAGUAGUAUGAGGAUGUGUUCCCAGCCUUUGCAACUUACCAUUUAAUGCUAUAAACACUUAAUAACUUUUUUGCAUUUAGAUUCAUUAUUGGCCACUAACGAUGGCAUGGUUAAACCGCAUUUCCCGGGGAGAAAACGCACGCACAUGCAGAGCUCCGCACAGAUACAUUCAAUAAUCCCUUGCUGUACCGCAAUCUUCUGGCCACCUCCCAGCCAAAGACUGCAACACCUGGCAAUCCCAGGUCACCCUCCCAUAUAACUAUUAACCAUGCUCAACGCCGCUUAAUGCGAUCGGACGCAUUAAGAGUGAAUCGGUUGUUGGUAUGAUCUUUUUUUAAAUCCUUUAUAUUAAGUUCGCUUGCUUGCUUGCUUGCGUGCUUGCGUGCUUGCUUGCUUGCUUACGACCGUGCAAAUCUUUCGGUCGUUUUUUAACCCACUUCCCGUGAUCCAAUCGAGCUGACAUUUUGCACACAGACUCGUUGUGCAAGACAAGUAAUGUUCGUGAAAUUUUUUUUUCCAAAAUUUUACACUGUUUAGGGAAAACAAAUUAAAUAUUUAAUUACCAAUUGCUUAAUACUGGCAGACAAUCAUCUGACCCAUAGGUGGCAGCCAUCUCAAGCCAGAGGACGAGAGGACUCUAGCCGCCACGCAUAUAAAGGAUUUAUAGUGAAAAACUUUGUUUUUACGGGUUAUACUUAUUUGACGUGUCUUCAUACCUCAUCUUCGUCAGCAGUUCCCAGGACAGUGGUGGAAUUUCCAAUCGUGCACAAUAGCGACCGGUGUACGCACAAGACAACCCUCGUUGGCUUACCAAAAGUAUGAACGCCGUGGUAUGCAAUUUGGAUUUACAUUGCAACUAAAUGCAACUGCGUCCUGAGAUGCGGCUCCGCACAAGCUGAGUCUGUUCACAAUAUGGAUCGAGGAGGCUUACGUAUAAUCUGACCUUCUUAUUUGGAGGGAUGAGUUCUAAAUAACGGUUGAAUUUUUUUUUACUUUCCAAAAGAGAGUUCGGUUUGUUUGAGAUCACGACCGAUGACAGUGAUGACGUUGUUGCUCACGGACGGUGUUUGUGCGCCACGGGGGAUGAGGAGGUUCUGGAAGAGGUGCGUGUCUCCGUAGGCUUGAGAUCAUUCGCAGCGACAGACCGCGCGUGGCAUUGCGCAUCCCAAAGGACGGGAUUGCUUGGGGUCCACGAAGCCGCGAUGGAGAUGGCUCGAUCGUGGGAGACAGGGCGUCUGUUUGACGUCGCGCGACGCAAAGCAAAAAGAAAACAAAAUCGAACCUAAAUUUUGAUUUAAAAUUUGAAAAAAGUGGCGGUUUUUCCUGCCACUUUUUUCAAAUGUUCUUGCUGUGGAUUUCACACCUGAUGACGAUUGCUUGCGUUGCGGUCGAAACGUCGUGAGAAUUUUUACUGUUUUAUAUUUUUCUUAUUUUAUUAUUUCCCUUCUACGUGACUUUACCGAAAGAACCAAGAAUAUAAAAAUCGAACCUCUCUGAAAGGAAGGUCACCAAAAACAUUGCUUCUUCGCGAGACGUUCCCCGUGGGGGGGGGGGGGGGGGUCUGCUUCGCGUACACCUCGAGCGAGUUUCGGUUAAACGUGUGGCGUUUUAAUCUUUUGUCCUAUUGGGAAAUUCAUAAAUGGGACUUGCCGUCGUGAGAAAGCCCCCCGCGUGUGCUCGCGUCGUCUUGGUCGUGGUCGUGUGCGCAUGCCUCAUUCCACAUCCUCGUUCGUCUCCUGCGAGCGCGACGUGGUGGAAAGAGAGCGAGCGAGAGGGUGAGAAACGAAUGGAACGAA